AUGUUGUUCUUGAAUCUGUUCCACAGAUUUUGUUUUCAAAUGAUUCCAAAUUUUUCAGAUUUAAAUUUUAGUUCUUGGUUUAUGAAAUGCUUUUUUAAAUCUAUUUUUGAUUGUUUAAUAAUAGUAUCAAUUAGCUUGGAUAAAAAUUCUUUUGUAAUUAGAUGAGUAUUUUAAAUUGUUUCUGAAGAAUUAAGAUUUAUUUGAUUCUUAAAUCCAGUAUAUAAUUAAUUGUAUUAUUAGUCUAAUUCUCAUAAAUUACUAAAUUAAAGAUCUCCUCCUAUUCAUUAUUUGCAUGAUUUAUAUAUUGAUUUUAUAUUUCAAAAUAUUAAAUUUGUUAUUAAACUUUGUAAAUUAUCAAUAGUAAAAAUAAAAAUAUUCCAUCUUUCCACUUUAAGUUUUUUGAAGUGGAAUAACUUACAAAUUUAUAGGUUUUUAAGUAAGUAUAAUGUAAGAUGUUUAUGAAAAUUUAGAAACUUGACUUCAAAAUUAAUAGAAAAAUUGUUUUCUGAGCGAUAAAUAAAAGA